AUGAAAUAUAAUGAAGAACUUAUGGAUUUCGAAAUGGCACUUCGAUUUAGUGUAGUAACGAAUAAAAGUUUUAUAUGCUUUGUGAAUAAAGAGAUCGAGGUGACACCUCAGGUUGUUGUGAAACAAGCUGUUGAAAGAAUUCUUUCUGAUUUGGAUGGUUUGGAGAUUGAAGUAUUGGAUUCUUUUCUUGAUACUAAAUGUAAUAACAAGACAAAAUCUGAAGAUUGUAAGAUAAAAAUAACAAUUGUACCAAACUUGAACAAUUUGACAGCUGAAAAACAGAAUGUUCUAAGUAAGUAUCUUAGGGAUAAUUCAAAUGAUAUCCAAGGACCAAGAGUUAAAAGAAAUCCUAAGUUUCAGACCACUGAUUUAACUAAUGAUAAAACUGAAAAAAAUAAUACAAAGUAUAUAGUUAUAGGGAUUGUAUUGUAUGAAAAUAAAAAUGAAGAUGAAAAUGAAGAUGAAGAGGAACGUUUGGAUAAAAAAUCAAAUGUACUUACCAUAAAUGAUUGGUUAAGAAAUAAGUUUUGGCUAGGCUGCAUGGCUCCAGUUGACGAAUCCAUAGAAAUAGUUGAAAGCAUAAUUUAUUCUAUGAAGGAUCUUGAAAAAUACGACACCGUCGUUAUCAAGCCAGUAAUUAAAAGAUAUAUUGAAGAUAUAAUAGUACAUUUAAGAAUGCACAAUAUUACUUAUAAACCUAAAGGUGGAGGAAUCCAACCGGACGCAUUGCAUGACAUAGUUGCGUUAUCACAAUUGAUUAGUAUUAUGAGUUCUAAAUAUAAUAAACAAUUAUGGUUUGUCACACCAGAUUAUAUCAAGAUAGCCUCCAUGUUCUAUUUCCCAUCACAUUUACGAAUUGUUUCUGAUUCUUCGAUGGACGUCAGCGUCGCAUAUGGUAGUAAAUCUCAUCUUGUUGAUGAAUUCUUGGAGAAAUUAAACAAAGUCAAGUUUUUAGCAAGAUCUCAGAAUCCAUUGUUUAUAGAGUCAUUGGUAGUUAAAGAUGUAUUAACCAAGAUAAUUCCAGCAAUAUAG